AUGGAAGAUACCAAUGCUGACGACAGUAAAGUUUUAGAGAUUAUUUCUUACGAAGCAAUUAACAUGUUUUAUAAUAAAUUAGUGUGCCAUGAGGAUAUUGAGAAACUUAAAAAUAUAGUAAAAGACUCUGUCCAGCAAGCUUGGGGAAAAUCAAAUAUUUUGGAUGAAGUUUUUAAAUAUUUUUAUAUUCCAAAUCCUCAAGUAUCCUCAAUUAGCUCAUCAUUAAAACUUCAAAAACACACAAAAGAGGAGUGGCAAAAACAAAUAGAACAAGCUAUAAUUUACUGUGAAAGAGAAGGAAUGGUUAUGGAUGUAAUGGUUAAUGAUGAGCUUAUAAAUAUAUGUUCUGUUAUCUCAAAAAUUUUAAGUGGCUUGGAAGAAAAUUUAGUUUUGUUGGGAAUAUCUGGUGUUGGACGAAGAUCGGCCUUAAAAAUAAUAUCAGCACUUCUUUCAGCUAAACUUAUUGUUCCGUCAUCUGAAACUCAAUCACAGUUAUACAUUGAAUUAAAAAAGGCUGGUAUUACCAAAUUAGAUGAAGCUAAGCAGCUAGUUAAUGAUCUUAAGCUAAAGGCAGAUGAACAGCAAAAUAAAUUGUCUGAAAAACAAGAAAAAGCCAAUUCAGCGUUGGAUAUGAUAAGCAAUACGAUGAAAAACGCCAACAGCAAAAAAGAGCUCAUGGAAAAUCUUAAACAACAAACGGAAGAUGAAAAUGUUCAAAUAUUGCGAAGGUAA